UCAUAUUUCUUGGCUUACAGAUUCCUAAUAACUUGUACUUCCAACAAACCAAAAAAUCAUGAAUGAUCUCUGUGGAAAGUUGGUGAUGGAUGUACCAAUCAAAGCUUCAGCUUCACAGUUUCAUGAAAUAUUUCACCAAAGACCUCACCAUAUCUCCAAUGUCUCCACCGACAAAAUACAAGGCGUGGAUCUUCACGAAGGUGAAUGGGGAAAAGUUGGCUCUAUCAUCUGCUGGAACUACUUUCAUGAUGGGAAGAAUUCAGUGGCAAAGGAGAUAGUGGAAGCAGUUGACGAAGAGAAAAAUUCCAUAACUUUCAAAGUGAUUGAGGGGGACCUUUUGGAGGAAUUUAAGAGCUUCAAGCUUACAAUCCAAUGUGUUCCAAAGGAAAAGGGAAGUGUUGUUCAUUGGACUUUAGAAUACGAGAAACUGCACAGUGAGAUUAAAGAUUCGCAUAGCAUGCUUGAGUUUGUUGCUGCUGUCUCUAAAGAUAUCGAUGCUCAUCUGAUGGAAGUUGCUGCUCAGGCAUGAUUGAAGAACAUUGAUUGGGGUUUUACUAUAUGCUUUUAAUUCUAUGUUUAAAUAAUAAUGCAUGUACUGUGUAUAUGCACAUGUUAUGCUUGGGUCUGUAUAAUACUAUGCUAUAUAUCCCUAAGUUGGAGAAGAAAUAUGUGUAAAAUAUUGUGUAUGUAUAUUACUCUUGUAUGUGAGAAUGUGAAUAAAAUUUCUAUGGUUAACUAUUGUGUCAGCUAAAA